GACGGCCUUCUCUUCUCUUCUUCCACCUCUGAAGAACGCAGUCUGUGUUUUUGGGAAGAUUAGAACCAUGCGGCUCCCUGGAUUUCUUUCUCUUUCCGGUGACACGUUCAGACCUUUAGUUCAGUUCGUGUAAUUGAAUCUCAACUAUGAUUUGUAUUACGUCGGAUCCAUGUUCUUAAUCACGUAUUUCAGCCAUCUCUCUUCAGGGAAUGUUCGAUUUCGACCAUAACAGAGCCAUGUAGUGCUUAUUGCUCGUCGAAAGUGUCCGGUGAGAGCAGGCCCAGCUCAUUGUCAAAAUGGCGGAAGCUGUGUUUAUUAUGGGCCUAGGCCUCGUCGGAAAAGCAGUGAAAAAUCUAGUCCUAACUUUGCUGGAUGUAAAAGAAACCAAGCAGCACAGCAAGAUCAUUUGCAAGGAGAUCGACUUGUUUGUGAAAACGUUGAACGAGAACAUCAAGCUCCUGAAAGUGAACCUGCCCGCCAGCGUGAGCAGACGAGCAUUAGAGUCUCUAGUGACGAAGCUGGGAGACGCGACUGCGUUUGUGCAGUCCCGCCAACGUCAGGGCUUUUUCAAAACCCUUUGGAAUGCACACGAGACUAAGCAGGAGUUGGAGAUGCUACGUCGGAAUCUCGACUCUUCAUUUCAAAUGGCUCUUUUCAUCACCACUCUGGAUGUUGCUGUGGACGGGCAUAGUAAAAUGGAAGACUUUCAGAUGAAGAUGCUGGAAAUUCACUCAACUCAUGCAUCGAGUUCGGAAACUGCAAGGAGUGAGAUCCGAGAUAUACUCGUACCCCUUCUAGAAGAAGUACCGAGAAAAGAAAAGUUGCAGUCAGUAAUCUCUGUAGUUCAAAAUAUGAAUCAAACUGCGGACACGGAGAAGUUCUUCGCCGAUGUUCUAGCCAACCUCGAUCCAGUUGCACCUAUGGAGGAUGAUGAGCAGUCUACUGUUACAAAUGCAGAUGAUGACGAAGAGUUCAACGAUCCCAUCACUUGUGAGCUGAUGUGCGACCCAGUUAAAGGAACAGAUGGCCGCACUUACGAUCGCUGGACCAUCAUUGACAACGAUUUAACUAGGAGUCCCUUUGAUCAGAGCAAGAGCAAGCCUUUCCGAAUAGAGUGUGAUGACAUCAAUGUCCGUGGACGUCUAUUCAAAAAGUAUCCCGAGGCAGAAGCUUUGUUUCGUGAACUUCGUCACGAUUACAGGAAAGAGGCUAUGAAGCUGGCAAGAGGAGGCCACGAUGCCGAGGCUCUGGUGAUGUUAGAGAACGUUCUCAAGUGGGCCGAUGACGAUUCUGAGUGUUUUGAACUCCGAGAUUUGAUCUUGGAAAGGAAAUCCCAGCAGGACUUUGCAACUGGAGUUAACAUCCAGGAGCGGGAGACCAGUCGCUCACUCCCUUUUACGCAAAGCAGCCCAACUCUACCUUCAAGAUCGAUCACCCUUCCGAGAGAUCACGAGUUUCACAUUGAAGAACAUAUUCACAGAGUAAGGUCAUUUGAUACUACAAGCUCGAGAGAUAUUCCACCUAGAAGCAAACCAAAACAAGAGGAGAAAUCAAGGGCCAUGAUAGCUAUACACGAGUUGAAGAGCAUCGUAUGCCUCUUGUCCAAAGAAAUAGCCGAUAGUCCCUUGAGAGAAGCAGCAAGGAACUUUGCAAAUUUGGCCCGGGAUUCCGAGAACAAGGUUAAUAUGGCUAUGUAUCCAGGAGCACUGGAGAGUUUGGUAGGAUUGUUGACCUUGGACGUACCCGAGAGUGUUCUAUACGAGGUCACCAGAGGAUUCGCGAACCUCUCCUCUGCCAGGGAGAAUCAGGAGAAGAUGGCGAAAGUUCCGCAGUGUUUGGAGAGGCUAGUACAGUUGAUGCACAAGGAAGUACCGAGGAGUAUCCAAAGCGAAGCUGCCAGAGCUUUCGCCAACUUGGCCUUGGCGAAAGAGAACAGGUUGAAGAUGGGAGCGGUUCCAGGGAUCUUGGAAAGGUUGGUAGAUCUUUUUUCUAAAGAUGUAGGUGAGAGUGUUCAGAGGCAAGCUACUCGAGCCUUUGCCAAUCUUGCGAGUGCGGAGGAAAAUAUUCUGAAAUUGGCAGCAGUUCCGAAAGCUCUAGAAAAGGUCGUGGGUUUGCUGUGUAAAGAGGUGCCCGUCACGGUUCAGGUUGAAGCUGCGAAAGCUGUUGCGAACAUAGCCCAUGCCGAAGAAUGUGGAGCUAAGCUCGCAUACUUCCCAGGAGUUCUGGAGAGACUGGUUGGCCUGAUGUCUAGGAAAGUCCACGAGGCCGUCCGAUUCGAGGCUACAAGAGCCUUCGCCAAUCUCUCUCACUUCAGGAGGAACAAACCGAAGCUGAUCACUUACCCUCAAGCAGUUGAUAGGGUCGUGAGCUUGUUAUCUUCGGACGUGGAGGAGAAUAUUCAGGCACAAGCCGCGAGAGCCUUUGCCAAUCUAGCUGCGGUAAGAGAAAACCUGGUCGAAAUGGCAGCACAGCCAGGAGUUCUGAAAAGGCUAGUCGAUUUGCUAGCCAGAGGAACAGCCGAGCAUGUGCAAAUUCAGGCUGCGAGAGCUAUAGCAUAUCUGUCUUCUGACGAUGAGAAUCAGAUCACAAUCGCAGCGUUUCCAGGAGCACUUGAAAGAUUGGUGGGCCUGUUGUCGAAAGACGUACCCUUGAGUGUGCUGAAACAAGCAGCCCUGGCUUUCGCCAACCUCGCUUGUGCACAGGCGAACAAAGGUGCCAUGGCCUCGUUUCCAGGGGCUCUGAAAAAGCUCGUGGGUCUGCUCGGUAAGGGGACACCUUCCAGUAUUCAAUUCCAGGCUGCAGCAGCCUUCGCCGACUUGGCAUGGGCAGAGGAGAACAGAGUGCGAAUGGCAACUUUCCCUGGGGCUAUCGAAAGGCUCGUGGGUUUACUCUCCGAUGAUGUGGACGAGAAUGUCCAGGCACAAGCAGCAAGAGCGCUGGCAAAUCUGUCCGUAGUGAAGCAGAAUGCCGUGAGGAUGGCCACAUACGAAGAAAUCGUCGCCAGACUGGUAGCGUUCUUGUCGACAGAUGUGUGCGAAGAAGUUCAGACUCAAGUCGCGACAGCAUUUGCGAACCUCGCUGCCGUGGAUGAGAACAAGUGGCAUAUGGCAGAGUACCCAGGGUCUAUAGGAAGACUGGUAGACCUGAUGUCCAUUGGAGUACCUGAAAGAGUUCAAAGACCAGCUACUCGAGCUUUCGCCAGUCUGUCCAGCUUUCGGGAGAACAAGGUGAUGAUGGCAUCAUAUCCCGGAGCUCUCGACAGGCUGGUGGAUCUUCUUCAUGAAGACGUGGGCGAAGGCGUUCAGAUGUACGCCCGGAAAGCUCUUUCCAGACUCAGCGGGAACGAAGUUCGACUGAGAUGGUGAUUUGGAACCACAAUUUGUUUAAAUCCUCCUCCUCAGAUUCUGCUCGGCAGGCUGUUCUAGAGUGGAAGUUUGUAAAUAUGCGGCGGACAGGACGACGUUGUACACAGAGCUGAAAUUUCUUGCAAGCAUGGCUUGAACAUAGGCAGAGCCUCUCCCGUCUUCGAUCUUCGGUUCUAUCCUGAGAAAGAACUUCGGGAUCCUGAAUUCAUUCAUUGUGUACGUGUGCGUAGACAUAUGACUCUCCAGCUAAUUGGCUUGGCUGGAAUGGGCAAUGUACAGGAUUUUUGACAUCUUCUGAUACUUCACAUACAAGCUCCCGUUGUGGAUUUUACUUGCCACACGUGGAAGAUACUCCGAAAGACUAACUGCGCUUCGAUUUGGUUUCAGUGCUUCGGACUUCGAGUAAGCCUGCAGGUGCAACCAUUUUGCACCGGUCACUAGUCAGUGGUCUUUCCCCAAAUCUUAUGAAAAACAACACUUCAACACAUGUAUGUCCUAGAAUUUUGUACCCCUGUCGAGGGAAAUCUCAGACCUUAGAGGUUAGUUAGUUGGCAGAAACAAGGCAAUUUGGGUGAUGCCUUUGCAAAUAGUGGAUGUCAUCUUGCCAAUCGGGGGAAAUCUGAAACGAAUUUCCCGACUGUUGAAUUAUACAACUGUUUGACAAAUUCGACUCAACAGUCAUUAUAUUUCUAAGUUACACCUGAAUAUUGGCUUGAGUAUU